AUAUGAGUCGAUUAAUAAAAGUAUUACGUCCUCCAAACAUUUUGGACUAUAAAACUGGCUUGACAUUGCAACAAAAAAUAUCCGCACAACCAGCAAACAAUGUGACAUCAUUCACAAAUUACCUUCUCCUCCUGGAACACCAUCCAGUCUAUACAAUAGGAAUUCGAACCAAAGGAUACACAGACAAAGAUGAAAACUACUUAAAAUCUCUUGGAGCUGAUUUCUGCAAAACCAAUCGAGGUGGUUUAAUAACAUUUCAUGGCCCAGGACAACUUGUUGCUUACCCUGUAUUGCAUUUGAAACUAUUCAAACCAAGUAUGCGAUGGUACGUAGCUCAACUAGAAUCCACCGUGAUAGAUUUAUGCAAGUCGAUGGGUAUUCCAAAUGCACAAACCACCUCAGACACUGGCAUUUGGGUUGGCCAUAAUAAAAUCUGUGCAAUUGGAGUUCAUGGUUCACAAUACAUUACAACUCAUGGAAUUGGUCUUAAUUGUAACACAGAUCUCGAAUGGUUUAACCAUAUUGUUCCGUGUGGCAUUGAAAACAAAGGUGUGACAUCACUCACAAAAGAAUUAAAGAGGAAUAUUUCAAUUGAUAAAGCUAUUCCACAUUUGUUGGAUGCGUUUUGUAGAAAUUUUGAUUGUAAAUUUGAGUGGGAUGAUAGAGAUUUAAUAAAAGAAAACAAUGAUGGCUUUACCUUAUAAA